AUGAUGCAGUCAGCCGUACAACUAGCUAUUGACCUCAACAUGAACCUUCGAGAUUUUGCACCAGCACACGGCAGUGNNGGAAAUCCCAUUCUGGAGGAGAGUCUCAGGAGAACAUGGUGGGAGCUCUAUUGCAUGGACGGCUACAUGGCCGCUCUUCACAAAUUGCCUUCCUUCAAGAGCAACACCGUUCGCUCAGAUGUUCUGCUGCCGUGCGAGGAAAUAGUGUACGCGAGUGCUGGCUGCUUGCCACAACCAUCUUCUCUUCAGCAGUUCGACAUGCGACUAUUCGCAGAUGAGGAGAUUCAGUUCUCGUCAUUCGCUUACCGUAUUGAAGCCGCUCGAAUACUUGCCAGGGUACUGUCGGUGGCAGGAACUCAAAAUGAAGACCAGGUCCAGGUGGUUGACAAUGCGUUGGCCGGCUGGAUCCACAGUUUGCCGCAAGCCAAGGUGGAUGUCGUCAAUGUCUACAAUACGGUCGACGAAAUGCUUUUUCAGGGGCAUAUGAUCAUCCAUUGCGCCACAAUAUAUCUGCAUUUACCAAGGAGUGAUCUGCUCAACACACUUCCAGUUACCGCAAACAUUGUAUGCGCGGAGAGAGGUAGCCAUAUGUCUCCUGCGUCUACACAGCACUCUCACUCCGUCAAGGCAACCAACGCGUCCAAAGAACUCUCCAACCUGGCCGCAGUCCGAGUUCCGGUACAGAAGCAUACUCCUUUCUUCGUGUGUGGACUUGUCCUCGGCGCAAUUGUUCAAUUAUCAGCUUGCAGUGCCAAUGCAGGCACUGAACAGCAUCGCGAUAGAGUCACUUUGAUCAUCGGACUACUCAAAUCGCUGAGCCGGAACUGGGCUAUCUCUGGUCAGGUGCUUCAGCAAGUCAAGAAGGUGGCUUCGGAAGUGCUGCGUACAAGCACUCUUGCGUCACCCAACAUUCAACAUCAAAACAAUACAGACUACGACAGUGGCAUAAUUUUGAAAAACAACCCUGACAAUACUUCAUGGCUUUCCAUGCUGAACAUGGUCGAGAACCAAGAGUUCCACGGUCUCAUGCACGUCGAGCCGAUCUAUCCUGGCACGGUCUAG